CUGAAUACAUGAAUUUGAAUUGUUUGCUUUUCAAUGUUUUUUCUUCUUGUUGAUGAGAUGAUAAAAAAUUAACAAACCAAAUUUGGCAUCGUUUAACAUUUUUAACUGAACGAAAAUGGCUUCUUUAUUCAAUUAUAAAUACCUUAAUCAUAAUCAUCUGAAAGGAUUCGAAAAUUAUGUGUAUAAUUCCAAAGAUACUAGUCCAUUGAGUAAAUAUGUUAUGCAUCCAUUCUGGAAUGUUGUCGUCAAGCUUGUACCAAUGUGGAUAGCACCAAAUGUACUUACUUUUGUCGGUUUUCUUAUGACAGCCGGUAAUGGUCUAUUAUUGAGUAUAUAUGAUCCAGAAUUUUAUGCAUCAAGUGAUUCAUAUCCACAAUUUCCACCAAUACCCGAUUGGGUGUGGAUCGUUUGUGCCAUAUUUCAUUCAGUGGCACAUACAUUAGAUGGUAUCGAUGGUAAACAUGCUAGACGUACAAAAUCCUCAGGACCAUUAGGUGAACUGAUGGAUCAUGGAAUGGAUAGUUGGACAGCAUUUUUCAUUCCAUUCUGUAUAUAUUCAAUAUUUGGUCGUGCCGAUUAUUCUCAAUCACCAUUUCAUAUGCAUUUUAUUUUCUGGACAAUUUAUAUUACAUUCUAUUUAUCACAUUGGGAAAAAUAUAAUACCGGCAUCCUAUAUUUGCCAUGGAGUUAUGAUGCAUCACAGAUGGCAUUAUUUAUCAUGUAUCUGGUAACCUAUUGUUAUGGACAUCAAAUUUGGAAAUUUACCGUGCCCAUUUUGAAUUUAACUUCGGGUGAAUUUUUCGAAGUUACAUCUUAUGUAACCAGUUUUCUAUUAUCGAUUCCAAUGGCAUUCUAUAAUGUUUAUACAUGUCAAACACCUAAACAGAAAACAUUUUAUCAAUCAUUUAGACCAUUAAUCUCAUUGAUUGGUCUAUUUAUAGUUUCAACAUUGUGGGCAAAAUUUUCACCAAUGAAUAUCAUUGAAGUAGAACCACGAACAUUUUAUUUUAUGGUUGGAACUGUUUUUUCCAAUAUUGCGUGUCGUUUGAUUGUAAGUCAAAUGUCAUCAACGAAAUGUGAUUUAAUCAAUUGGUUUCUAUAUCCAUUAACAAUAUCGACAUUAUGUGCAAUUAUUGGAAAUAUUGAUCAUCAACAAGAAUUACGUUUAUUACGUAUCAAUGCCAUUAUUUAUACAAUAUUACAUUUACAUUAUGCCAUAUGUAUCGUCCGUCAAAUGUGCCAUCAUUUCGGUAUAUAUUGUUUUUCAUUGGAUCGUCCGGAAAAAAUUAAAUCACCUGAACAAGAAAAUUUAGGUAAACUUAAAUCUAAAUAAUAGAUACGAAUGAAUGAAUUGUUGUUGUUGUUGUUGUUGUUUUGAUCAAACUGAUCGAUCAAAAAAAAAAAAAAACGAAAAAACGAGAACAAAACAAAUUCAUUAAAAUCUGUAAAUUUUGCUGCUUUAUUUUCCUUUUUCCUAUUGUUUCGACAAACCAACAGCAACAAUAAUCUUGUUCAAUUUGCUCAUUUUUUUUCAUUUUUUUGGAAUCCACUAUUUUUAAA